CGCCAUUGGAGUUGAAGGCUCCGGCUCCGUCCCUCGCUGCGGCCUCGGAGGCGGCGGCGGGCAAGGCUCCGGGUGGCGCGGCCCCGGGGGCAUGUGAGGAGACGGGGCCCGGUUGGGUGUAGGCGAGAGGAGGAGCGGAGACCGGUGCCAUCCCCCGGGCACCCUGAGCAGGCGCCGAGCGGCGGCGGCGAGCGCGCCAGCGGCCCCUUUCCCUUCCCCCUCGGCCCCGGCCCCUUCCCCUCGUCGGCCGCCGCCUCAGGGCUGAGGCACCGCCGCCCCUCCGCCAGGCCCCGGAGCGCCGCGACGAGCGGCCCUGCCUUCACCCCCGUCCCCCUCCGGCCCUGUGUGCUGAACCACGGCGGCCCUGUACAUGAAUUAUGUCUGCCACAAGCGUUGACCCUCAGAGACCGAAAGGACAGGAUAAUAAAGUACAAAAUGGUUCGUUACAUCAGAAGGAUACAGUUCAUGACAACGAUUUUGAACCUUACCUUUCUGGGCAGUCAAAUCAGAACAGUAGCUAUCCAUCAAUGACUGAUCCUUAUCUGUCCAGUUAUUAUCCACCAUCUAUUGGGUUCCCUUAUUCUCUCAGUGAAGCACCAUGGUCUACAGGAGGAGAUCCUCCUAUCCCAUAUCUCACCACCUAUGGACAGCUCAGUAAUGGAGAUCAUCAUUUUAUGCAUGAUGCUGUUUUUGGACAGCCUGGGGGUCUGGGAAACAACAUCUAUCAACACCGGUUUAACUUUUUCCCUGAAAAUCCUGCCUUCUCAGCUUGGGGAACAAGCGGAUCCCAAGGACAGCAGACUCAAAGCUCAGCCUAUGGGAGCAGUUACAGCUACCCACCUAGUUCACUGGGUGGUACCAUUGUGGAUGGACAAACAGGAUUUCAUAAUGACACAUUAAAUAAAGCUCCUGGAAUGAACAGUAUUGAACAGGGAAUGGUUGGACUUAAGAUUGGUGGCGACGUUACAACUUCAGCAGUGAAAACAGUAGGUUCUGUUGUCAACAGUGCCGGGAUGACUGGUGCCCUCUCUGGUAACGGUGGAUCUAAUGUAAACUUGCCAGUAUCUAAACCAACCUCUUGGGCUGCUAUUGCCAGCAAGCCUGCAAAACCACAGCCUAAAAUGAAAACAAAAUCUGGACCUGUAAUCGGAGGAGCGUUGCCUCCUCCACCUAUAAAGCAUAAUAUGGACAUAGGUACUUGGGACAAUAAGGGUCCUGUGGCAAAAGUUCCUGCCCCCCAACAGAUACCUUCUCCUCAGUCUGUUCCACAGCCACAGCAACCGAUAGUUCAGCCUGUUCCAACUCAACCUCCUCCAUUGACUCAGCCACAGUAUCAGACCCCUCAGCAGCCACCCCAGAAUCGCUGGGUAGCUCCUCGCAACAGGAAUGCAGCUUUUGGCCAAAGUGGAGGAACUGGUAACGACAGCAGCUCAACUGGGAGUACCCAGCCUAACCCUGUUCCAAGUGGCGAGUCCCAUCCUGUGCUUGAAAAACUGAAAGCUGCUCACAGCUAUAACCCUAAAGAUUUUGAAUGGAACCUUAAAAAUGGACGUGUGUUCAUAAUAAAGAGCUAUUCAGAGGAUGAUAUUCAUCGUUCCAUUAAGUAUUCUAUUUGGUGUAGUACGGAACAUGGCAACAAACGCCUGGACAGUGCUUUUCGGUCCAUGAAUAGCAAGGGUCCAGUCUACUUGCUAUUCAGUGUCAAUGGCAGUGGACACUUCUGUGGAGUAGCAGAGAUGAAAUCACCUGUGGACUAUGGCACCAGUGCAGGUGUCUGGUCUCAGGACAAGUGGAAGGGGAAAUUUGAUGUCAAGUGGAUCUUUGUGAAGGAUGUGCCCAACAACCAGCUCCGACACAUCAGGCUGGAGAACAAUGACAACAAACCCGUUACAAACUCCCGUGAUACACAGGAGGUGCCCUUAGAAAAAGCAAAACAAGUGCUUAAAAUUAUUGCUACUUACAAGCACACGACCUCCAUCUUUGAUGACUUUUCUCAUUAUGAGAAGCGCCAGGAAGAGGAGGAGGUGGUGCGGAAGGAACGUCAGAAUCGAAACAAACAAUAAGAAUAAACACAUACACUUUGAUAUAUAUACUAGAACUGAGACUAAAUUCGACUAUGAGAAACAAAAUUAAGUCUACUGGUGCUGUAUCCUGGCAUCAGGACAACUAAAGCUUUCAGCUCCAAUAUAUCUUCUCGUGCAGGGGAAAUUAAGUUGUCGCAUCUUUAAGUACAUUGUAGUUUAUUUUUGCCCAAGUGGAUCUGCAUUAAUUUGUAUCUUUUUUUUUCUCUAUGUAAAAUUCUGUAGAAAUCAUGAAUAAAAGUGUGUCUGUUUUUUAUUUUUUUAAGUUGGUAAAAACAGUUAUAUGAACCUAAUGUGGACCUAAACAUGAGCAUACUCAAGUGUCAAUGCUUCCCAAAGACUUCAUUUUGGCACAAAUUAUGUUCCUAGCCAGAUAUAGAGAUUAUGGAGAAUACAUGACAAAUCUGCCUUUAUCCUCCUCCUCCCAAACCCUCUUUUUCUUCAUGGCAGAAGAAACAAUGCAUAGAUUUUUAUCAUUGAAAAGGAACCUUUUUAGGAUACUGCACUCCUGACCUGUGACCUGAAAGGCCUCCCUUUCAGCUCACUCUGUGCAGCAGCUCUGCCUCUUUCUUUACCUGUACAAUUACACUUGGACAAAUGGCUAAUGCACCACGUUGGGUUUUUCUUGUCUAGUAGCAAAUUCAAAUUGUCAGUGAAAUUGUUUCUCUGGAAAAGAUUCCCCUUCCCCAUUCUGUUAACCAGUGCUUCAGUGUGCAUUCGUUCUACCAUAUCCUGCUGAGGGGGAGCGCGACGCUUUCUCUCCGCCAUCCUUCUGCUUUACGGUUUUUGUAGCUUAAUGAAAUAAUGAUGUGAUGCUCUCAACAUUGCAGGGGGUUUGGACAAUGUGUUGAAACCUGUUUCAGCUUUCAGGUGUUCUUAGUUAAUUGCAGAUCAUUUUUAAUCCUUCCCUUCAUUAUUCCCUCCCACCCUCCCCAAAUCCUAAUGCCAUUUAAAGGGUUUUUUUUUAUACCAAUAAUGCUGAGCUUUAACGUAGGAACUAAUAGUACGGAUACUAUGAUGGAUUAUGCCUCAGAUGUUUAAAAUUGACAGUGUGUAUGUCUAAUUUUUUUUAUUAUUAUUAUUUUUUUUUUCUGUUGGAUGAGUAAAAAAACCUGUUUUAAGAAACUGAAUUUGCUGUCAUGUUUUUGUGGAGUGAGGGGACCGUCGGAGAACCUGUCACCAACUGGAGUUCCAGUUAAGCAUGGAAAUGGUGCUCAUGUCCGCUGCUCUAGCACACUGAAUCUGCACGUGUUUAUUGUAGAGGAUCUUUUACUAUAUUAGAAAGCAAGUAUCUUCUGAAUACUAUUUACUCCAAAAGGACCUCCAAUUUAAAUGAAAGUUUAAUCUGUAUCAUUUAGACUUGUAUUUAGAACGUAUAACUCUGUCUCUGGACUGUUACUGCCUGUAAGGGGUAAUGGACAGCAUCAGAUUAACUUUUUCCUCUAGGAGAAUACAAGCCUUAAUAAACAAUACAUAUUUAGCAA